AUGUUGAGAAAGCUUUGGGGUUUAUGCUCAGCUUCUCGAAUGCGGGGAAGUUAUGGUCUGAGUGGACGAACUGGUGAUGUCAACCAACAUGUAUCGCAGCCCGUAGAGCAAAUUAAGAAGAAGCUGGACACCCGCAACAACACAUUCAUAUCAAACGCCCAGACAAGCAACGUGCCUGAAAAGCCGGUGAGGGGCACCGACAUAGAGCAGCUGAUGGUCGCGAUGUUGGUUGCAACCACACUGGCAAUCACUGCAGUGGCAAGUGAACUGGAAGCACAAGCCUUCGUGCUGCGGCAGGGCAAUCUGAACCAGAGGCUGCGAGGCUUGUUUCGCAUUCCUGACGGAGGCGCUGCGAGAGCGCGACCCGGACGCCUUCAAGUUGCUGUCCACCUACAGCAACUGCCAAGAGAGAGACUUCAUCAGGUCCAGGGUGGACUCAGCACAGGAGGGCACCCAGACAAUGCUCAUCACGACAAAGCAACCCAUCAUCCAGACGGACCAUGCUGGAAGCCAGGUCUUCAGAACUCCAAGUACCGUUCCCUUCGACCAUUUUGA